AUGAGGGCUCUGGUGAGUGUGGUGUCCCUGUUCUUCCUGGGCAUCCAGGCCAGUGACUGGAGCUACACAGGGGAUGACGGCCUGGCAGAAAAUCAGUGGCCUGAGAAGUACCCUGACUGUGGCGGGAAAAGGCAGUCGCCCAUCAAUGUGAAGAGGAGGAAGGUGCGGUUCAACAGGUCCUUGAAACCCCUGCUCAUGGUCAACUAUGACGUGGAGCAGCCGGAGCUCUCUAUGACUAACAACGGACACACAGUACAGAUCACCCUGCCGCACAGCAUGCACUUCAGAGACUCUGAUGGCACCGUGUACGUCGCAGAGCAGAUGCACUUUCACUGGGGCGGUAGGGACUCGGAAUUGAGUGGCUCUGAACACACCUUUGAUGGGAUGAGGAGUAUGAUGGAGGUUCACUAUGUUCACUUCAAUCAGAAGUACGAGACCUUUGAGAAAGCUAAGGACCAAAAAGACGGCUUAGCUGUGUUAGCGGUCUUGGUUGAGGUUAAAGAAUACGCUGAAAACACAUACUACAGCACCUUCAUUUCUGAGAUGUCCAACGUCAAACAUCCAGGACAAACGACAACUCUGAAAAACGUUAACAUUCGGAACAUGUUGCCGGUGGACAUCAGACACUAUUAUACCUACAAUGGCUCACUCACCACUCCUUCCUGCACAGAAAAUGUCAAGUGGUUUGUGCUUCGUGAUUUCCCCACUCUCUCCAAGGUCCAGGCUGUGACCAUAGAAAACUCUGUUAUGAAUCACAACAACAAGACCAUUCAAAAUGGUUACCGCAGUACGCAGCCUCUCAACAACAGGGUCGUGGAAGCCAAUUUCCCAUACUCCCCGGAUGAAUACUCUAAGUGCAACUUUUACGUAAAACACAAGCAUGAGAAGACGCCAUAUGGUGGGAAACAAAAGAGAAUCUACAGUAAUUGA